UGACAUUUAAUUUCGUUGUUGCGCUUCUUGGUUUUCCUUAGUAACAUCGAUGCAAAACGGAUGUGUAUGAUAAAAUGAAGUCUCUUCUUAUGCUAGAGAUCCUCCAUAUCUUGGGUUAUAGCUAGAAAUAUGCAGACAACCUCAGUAGUAUCAUGCUUGGGAAUUUUGCUACUGUUAAUUAUCAUACAUAGCUUCUCGUGUGACUGGGUUUGUGGUGUUACCAUAGAGUGUUUUAUGUAUUGUCCAUGUCGCCGAUUCAAGUUACUCUCUGACCUGCAGGAAUUAUCGAACAGGACCGAGGCAGCUGGAAGAGGGAAAGGUUAGUCUGAGAGAGAGAGAAGGGAUGGGUUGGGUGGAGCUGUUGCUGCUGCUGCUGCUGACAGUGAGUUCAAUGGGUUUAACAAAUGUAGAAAGCGCGUCGACAAAGGAGCCUUUCACUUUACCUUCCAAUUGCCAAAAAAGAUGUGGUAAUAUCAAUAUUGAGUAUCCUUUCGGCAUAGGCAAUGGCUGUUAUCGUCGGGGCUUUAAUCUUAUUUGCACGAACAAUACCAGCCAACCUCCAAGGCUCUUCUUGGGUGACGGAAAACUAGAGAUCACUAGAAUCGAUUUGAAAACUGGGACUGUGCGCGUCAUGACACCCAUUGUCACCAUGGGUGUGGACAAGUUCAUUAAUGUUACGUUAAUUGAUCUUCAGAAUUGGCCUUACUCUUUAAGAUCAUUGGGUCUAGAAACGCAGAAUUCUUACGCAAGAUAUACAUUUAAUUUUUUGUAUGUGUCUGGUUGCAGCGUGGUUGCCGACCUAGUGGAUCCCACUACUAAUACGAUUAUCGAUACUUGCAUAACUAGAUGCACUUCCAGUGACAACAGUCAGUGCACACUUGCUUUAUAUGAUUGGAAUAGUACUUCAUUGGAGGUUCAAUUAACUCGACUCAAUCAGAGUGAGCUUCAUUUGCUUAAUGCUUCCAGUGCCAAAGUUUUCGUGUUCGAUGAUGACAAAGCCACCACAGAUGAUCUCCAAGGAAUAGUGAAAGGUAGGAGCUCGGAAGUGGAGACUGCCCUAUCAUGGUACAUCAAAGACUAUCCUACCUGCGAAGAGGCCAAGAAGAAUAUGGAAACUUAUGCCUGCGUCAGUCCCAAUAGCGACUGCUACAACGUGCUUAAUUAUGCUUAUACGAAUUAUAAUUAUGGGUACUUAUGCGGAUGUUCUCUUAAUUAUCAAGGCAAUCCAUACCUAGCAAAUGGUUGUGAAGAUACAUCUUCUAUUUUGGUUCCGAACAAAGGCUGUCCAACAAGCUGUGGUGGUGUUAACAUCUCUUUUCCAUUCGGGCUAAGAAAGGGUUGUUACAGAAGCCAGACAUUUGCUCUAACAUGCAACAGGACAUAUAAGCCUCCUACUCUCUUCUUCCAGGACGAUUACAUAGUGCGCAAUAUCUCAUUGGCGGAAGGACAACUGGAACUCAGUGCACCAAACAGAACAACAAUCCCUUCAUAUUACAGUUCUUACAUUUAUGACAACCACUUCUUGGAUGAAACUGGACCUUUCACUCGACUAGAACAGCUGUCGAUCUUUAGUUGGGUAAUUGAGUCUCAGCAUUGCGAGGAAGCAAGAAAGAACGAGACCACAUUCGCAUGCGUCGACAAAAACAGUUUGUGUGUGAACAUUACCAAAACUUCUCCCAGAUAUGUCCGGCGGUAUCCUUACAAUUUCUUUAUAGGUUAUCGAGGAAAUCCAUACAAUGCCGACGGAUGUAAAGAUAUUGAUGAGUGCAGCUUUCCCAACAAAAACGUUUGCAAUGGGAUAUGCAGAAAUACGAUAGGUGGUCACGAGUGCCUUCCUCACAAAAAACAGACUGUUUUGUUAGGGCUCAUAAUCGGUGUAAGUCUUGGCAGUGGCUUAUUGCUAUUAAGCAUAAGUUUUAUCGUCCUAAGAAGGAAAUGGAAGAUAAGAAAGCAAAAGAAAAUAAGAGAAAGGCACUUCCACCAAAAUCAUGGACUACUAUUAGAACAGCUAAUCUCUUCUAAAGUUGCUGAGAGAACAAACAUAUUUUCUCUAGAAGAGAUAGAAAAGGCAACCAACAAUUUUGACGAAACUCGAGUACUCGGUCGAGGAGGCCAUGGCACAGUUUAUAAAGGAAUUUUAUCAGAUCAACGCGUAGUCGCCAUAAAGAAGUCCAAAAUAGUAAGGAAGAAUGAGAUAGAUCAAUUCAUCAAUGAGGUUACAAUUCUUUCUCAAAUUCGUCAUAGAAACAUCGUCAGGCUUUUUGGAUGCUGUUUAGAAACAGAAGUCCCCUUGUUAGUCUAUGAAUUCAUCUCCAACGGGACCCUUGCAGACCACCUCCAUGUUUCAGAUGGUAAUUCUACAUUAUCAUGGGAAGCUCGUUUGAGGAUCGCUACAGAAACUGCCGGCGCUCUUGCCUAUCUGCACUCGGCUGCUUCAAUAUCAAUUUUACAUAGAGAUGUUAAGUCAUCAAAUAUUCUUUUGGAUGAUAAUUUCAUGGCAAAAGUAUCGGAUUUUGGAGCCUCGAGAUUUAUCCCGCUUGAUGAAACUCAUAUAAUUACUGUUAUCCAAGGCACCUUUGGAUACUUGGAUCCAGAAUAUUACCAGACUAGUCAAUUGACGGAGAAAAGUGAUGUUUAUAGCUUUGGGGUUAUUCUUCUGGAGCUUCUGACAGGAAAGAAACCUGUUUUCUCCAUUGAGCAUGAGAAUAGGCAAAACCUAUCUAUGUAUUUUCUUCAAGCAAUGAGAGAGAAGCAUUCUUUUGAUCUCGUGGAAGAACGUAUCAUGAAAGAAGGAACUAAACAAGAGCUUCUCGAGAUUAUUCAACUGAUAGAAAUGUGUUUGAAGUUGAAUGGGAUUGAAAGGCCAACGAUGAAAGAAGUGGAGCAUAAAUUACAAAGCUUAAGAAGGAUUGGAAAGAAAAAACGAUAUCUAUUCCAGAAGGUAUGGAAGAAAGCGAGUAUCUGCUAAGUGAUUCAUCUUAUACCUUUUCUGAUUCAGUUGACCAAACAAUUGAGGGGACGUCCAGGAAUUAUAGCUUAGAAAAGGAAUUCCUAUGGUCAUUAUAUAACCGACGAUGAGCUCGUAUUCCACUUAAUUAUUCAUAUUUAUAUCUCUAUUUGGUGUGAUGUUAUAUGUUAUAUAUAUAAUAUUGAGCAUGUUUUAUAAAGUUCUCGUGUGAGUAUUAAUGUGUCUUGUAUUGUCAUUAGAAAGUUUAUCUCAUAAACGGUUAUACGAACGUUAUUCUUUGUAUGCAUCAAGUGUUUCAUGUAGUCCUCGUGUGAAUAUUGUUGUGUCUUGUAUUAUCACUAGAAAGUUAUGUAUAAUAUUAAGCAUAUUUUAUAAAGUUUUCAUGUGAGUAUUA